GUUGUUUCUGAGAAAAGGAAACUGAGAGAAUAAAAGAUGCGGAGACGGUAAACGUGAGGCCGUGAGCGGUGUGAAAGUCCCGGGUCUCUCUCUCUACCUGUCGUCCGUGUUUGUGACGCUGCACCGUCUCCGGUCGGUAAACACCUGUGGGCAGGUGACCCGUGUCUGUGGCUGCACGUGGCGGCGUUCAGCUUUUUUUUUUACUGCUUUUAAAAUAGUUUGUUAAAAACCGACAAAGACAAACAAACAGCGACAGAUUGACAGUUUGAAAAUGUCCCGACACAGUAAGAAGAAAAACGGCGUCCCGGACCGGUGGCUGGAUUAUAAAGCUGUUGGGAAAAGACUCGACGGGACACGAUUCAUCGCCUUCAAAGUUCCCCUGAAACAGUCUUUGAACCAGCAGCUUGCGUGUUCGGACGUCUUCGGGCCGUGGGAGCUGCUGGACGCUUUGAGCAAAGAUGGUCAGGAACUGGGUUUGAUCAUUGACUUGACCUUCACCACACGUUACUACAAAGUGCAGGACGUUCCAGAGUCGCUGCUGUUUGUGAAGAUCUUCACAGCUGGUCACGAGGUCCCCAGCGACGCUACAAUCCUGAGCUUCAAACGAGCUGUACGCAGCUUCCUACGAGACAACGCAGACAAUGACAAGCUGAUCGGAGUCCACUGCACCCACGGUCUGAACCGCACCGGUUAUCUGAUCUGCAGGUAUCUGAUCGAUGUGGAUGGGAUGGAUCCUAAAGAGGCCGUAGAGUUGUUCAACUCGUCCCGGGGCCACGCCAUCGAGAGACAGAACUAUCUGGAAGACCUGCAGCGUGGACCAAAGAGGAGUAAUGAAGGGAUGGACGACUCGGAGCAGGAGCCGACGAGAGGCUGUGCCGUGCAUCGGCCACGUUACGCUUCACUGGACUCUGGCAGCAGAGAGGAGAGACCACACGUCAGUGACACCUGGAGCCACAGAUCUUUCCCUCCCCCAGGAAUAAAACAGCAUGGACAUCAUCACCGUCCCCACGGCGGCCUUCUCCCCCUUCCACCCUUCCUCCCUCCACCUCCUUUUCUUCCAUUAAUGGGAGCCCCUCCCCACCCGUAUCAAUGGACGCCCCCCCAUCCUGACAGUCAGUGGUGGAGACCCCCCUGCUCAGAGGACAGCAGGUCCAGAUACUCCCCACACGAGCCAGUGAGUAGUCCAGCCCCCCGUCUGCAGGAGGACAGAGGAAGAGGACUUCUGCCUCCCCCCCUCCCCCAGUACUCCCCACGCUGGACCAAUGAGCCCAACAGCUAUGAUGGAUCUGAGGGGGGGUGGGCCGGUCCCAAAAUGAGACACCACCACAGACACGGAAUGAACAGAUAUAACCCCUGUUAGCGUGUCCCAGACAGGACCAGGACUCCGAGGUUUAAGUCCAGCACAGAUCAGACUCUUUUAUUGGUUCACUGACGUGAUGAUGGUUUUACGCUGCACAUCAGCUGCUCUCAUUGAUCUGUGUGUUCAGAUGUUCAGUUCACUCACUUUACAGAAUGUCCGUCCUAACACAGUCCUCUCAUCAUCAUCAUUCACCUUCACUCCCAAACAGCAGGUGGAGGGUGGAGGUGGAGAUGCCCACGCAGAGUUCAGCUGAGGGUCAUGAGUCUGAGCUGGUCCUCCACCCUCAGUCCGUUCAGAUCUCACGCUGCCUCGUCCAUACUGACCUCAGAUCAGCCUGAGAAUAAAUGUUGGGAUGUUUAAAGCUCUGGACUCUUUUAGAUUUAGUGUACAUUUAGUUUUUUCCACAGUUUUUUACCAGUGGCUCCUUUUCCCCUGCAGUUAGGUAACUAAGGAUCAUCUUCAUUAAUAUUUUCUCAUCUGUAGUUUUUUCUAUCAGAAGGCAGAAAUGAUCAGAGACGACUUCACGCCUCAGUUCGUGUGACUCAAAAAGAAAAAGCCACGUUCGGUUUAUUCUCAUUAAAGAUUUCCUCCGGGAGCAGUUUGUUUACAAUGGACUUAAAUCAUUAAUUAACUGUGAAAAUGAUUGACCGCUAAUUUUUCUGCCAACCAACUAAUCGAUUAGUUCCAUCAGAGGAUGGACCUUGGUUUUCUGAGUAUAAAAUGAAUGGAUAUGGUUCAAACAUCUGAGUGUUUCUGUGGUUUUACUGCUGUAAAGGGACAUUCAGUAAAUAAAUGUUUGAUAUG